CGCCGACGCCAUUGCUGGAAGAGUUCCCGCACUGCUCUGCGAGCGCCCUGUCCUCAGGCGGCCGCCAGAUAUGUCUUUGCAGGACUCCACUCUUUCCAGAGAGGGGAGCCCAGAGGAAGAGAUUAUGGCUGCUGUGGUUUUUUCAGUUGGACCUCUGAGUCCUGAAGUUCCCCAGCCAAAUGAAGAUCUUCACCUUCAGGCAGAAGAACAAGAAUUGGUAAAGGAAUCAGUGACAUUUAAAGAUGUGGCUAUAGACUUCACAUUGGAAGAGUGGAGAUUGAUGGACCCUACACAGAGGAAACUGCACAAGGAUGUGAUGCUAGAGAAUUAUAGGAAUCUUGUCUCCUUGGGGCUUGCAGUUUCCAAACCAGACAUGAUAUCUCAUUUGGAGGAUGGAAAAGGACCAUGGGUGGUAGUGAGAGAAACUUCAAAAACCCGCUAUUCAGAGUUGGAGACCAAACCUACAACCAAGAAUGCUAUACCAACAGAGAAUAUUUCUGAAGAAUGUUUAUCACAGGAGACCAUAGUAGAGAAACUCAUAGAGAAUGGUCUAUGGGACACCAAAAUGGGAGGAUUAUGGAAAUGGAGUGACAGGAUAUGGAGAUUGCAAGAUAGUCAAGAAAGUCAUUUGAGUCAAAGAAUAGUUAAACACAAGAAAAUUCCCACUCUUCAAAAAGGCUUUAGAUUUGGAUCUGUUCUUUUUCCAGAACCAGGAGUUAUCACAGAAGAGCCCCACAGCAAAUACCAAACACAUGAGGAAAAUUUUACAGAGAAUUUAGAUUUGAUUACAGAUACCCAUCUGGGGAAGAAAAUGUGCAAGGAUACAGAAGGCAACAAAGUCAUAAGCCCUGCUUCAGAACUCACUUUAGAGAAAAAAAACAAUAAUAAAGAAAAACCCUAUAAAUGUAGUACAUGUGAAAAGGCCUUCCGUUAUAGGUCAUUACUCAUUCAACAUCAGAGAACUCACACUAAAGAAAAACCUUAUGAAUGUAAUGAAUGUGGGAAAAUGUUCAGCCAGCCUUCAUAUCUUAGUCAACAUAAAAAAAUUCACACUGGAGAAAAGCCCUAUAAAUGUAAUGAAUGUGGAAAGGCCUUCAUUGCUUCUUCAUCCCUCAUGGUGCAUCAGAGAAUUCAUACUAAGGAGAAACCUUAUCAGUGCAAUGUUUGUGGAAAAUCGUUCAGCCAGUGUGCCCGCCUUAAUCAACACCAGAGAAUUCAAACUGGAGAGAAGCCCUAUAAAUGUAGUGAAUGUGGGAAAGCUUUUGGUGAUAAAUCAAAACUUGCAAGACAUCAGGAAACUCACAAUGGAGAAAAACCCUACAAAUGUAAUGAUUGUGGGAAAGCCUUUAGGAAUAAGUCAUAUCUUAAUGUACAUCAGAAGACCCAUACUGAAGAGAAACCAUAUAAAUGCAUUGAGUGUGGGAAAUCUUUCAAGAAUACCACAAUCUUUAAUGUUCAUCAGAGAAUUCAUACUGGAGAGAAACCCUUUAGAUGUAAUGAGUGUGGAAAAGCCUAUAGAAGUAAUUCAAGCCUUAUUGUACAUAUAAGAACUCAUACUGGGGAAAAACCCUAUGAAUGUAAUGAAUGUGGGAAAGCAUUCAAUCGUAUAGCAAAUUUCACGGAACAUCAGAGGAUUCAUACAGGAGAAAAACCCUAUAAAUGUAACGAAUGUGGGAAAGCAUUCAUCAAUUAUUCAUGCCUUACUGUACACCACAGAAUGCAUACAGGAGAGAAACCUUAUAAAUGUAAUGAAUGUGGAAAGGCCUUCAUGCGUUCUUCAUCUCUAAUUAUACAUCAGCGAAUUCAUACUGAGGAGAAACCUUAUCUCUGUAAUGAAUGUGGGGAAUCUUUCAGAAUAAAAUCACACUUAACUGUACAUCAGAGGAUUCAUACUGGAGAGAAACCAUAUAAAUGUACUGACUGUGAGAGGGCAUUUACCAAGAUGGUAAAUCUCAAGGAGCACCAGAAAAUUCAUACUGGUGUGAAACCCUACAACUGCUAUGAUUGUGGAAAAUCCUUCAGAACUAAGUCAUACCUUAUUGUACAUCAAAGGACCCAUACUGGAGAAAAACCAUAUAAGUGUAAUGAAUGUGAGAAAGCUUUCACUAAUACAUCACAGCUUACUGUGCAUCAGAGAAGGCAUACUGGAGAAAAACCCUAUAAAUGUAAUGAGUGUGGGAAGGUUUUCACAAGUAACUCAGGCUUUAAUACCCACCAAAGGACACAUACCGGGGAGAAACCAUUUAAAUGUAAUGACUGUGGCAAAGCAUUUAGCCAGAUGGUACACGUCACAGAACAUCAGAAAAUCCAUAGUGGAGAGAAACCCUAUAAAUGUGAUGUCUGUGGAAAAGCCUUCAGGAGAGGUUCAUACCUUACAGUGCAUUGGAGAACACAUACUGGAGAAAAGCCCUAUACAUGUAAGGAAUGUGGGAAAGGUUGUAUUACUCUAUCACAGCUAACUCUACAUCAGAGAAUUCAUACUGGGGAGAGGCCCUAUAGAUGUGAAGAAUGUGGAAAAGCCUUCAGAACUAACUCAGACUUCACUGUACAUCUGAGGAUGCACACUGGAGAAAAACCCUAUAAAUGUAGUGAGUGUGGAAAAGCCUUUAGGAGUAGCUCAAGCCUUACUGUACAUCAAAGAAUACAUCAGAGAGAAGCUCAAUUAAUAUAGAGGACAGAAAAUUAUCAUCCAGAUAUGACAAGAAUCUUAUAAACUGUAUAUUUUAUGAAUGUGGGAAAAUGUUCAGGAGCAAUUUGCCAGAAAGUAUACACUUCAUAAAUAUAAGAAUGUAGAAAAGCAAUUGGUCAUAUUAAAUCUUAGAAGUUAUAAGAAAAUUCAUAAUAAAAAGGGCAAAUGAAAGCCUUCAUCCAAAUUUCAUAUUUUAUUCAUUUAACAAAUUAUCUUCGAUGAAUUGCCUAUUUUUUUGCUGAUUUUCCUAUUGGUUUACAUUUCUUAUAAAUCUGGAGGUGCCCUUAAUAUAUUUGAGAUAUUAAUCAUUUGACAUAUGUGUUGCAAAUGUUUUUCUUAACCUCGUAUUUGUCUUUGUACUUUUUUAUGUAGUAAAAGAUUUUUAAGUCUUUAAUUUUUCAUAGUAAAAUAUUUACAUCUUUUCCUUUUUAUAUUCUUUAUUUACUCUUUUAGCAAUCCCCAGGUUAUAUAUAGUCUCCUAAAUUUGUUUCUAAUAUUCUGAUAAUUUUAUUUUUUACAUUGAAGUUUUAAUCCAUCUGGACUAGAUGGCUCUUCAUAGAAGAACAACUCCAAAUGCAUUAACCUAUGAAAAUAUUAUGAACCUAAAUAAACAAUACUCAGGGAAACGCAAAUUGAAACAACGAAUGAUAUAUUACUUCCACUUCAUGGAGUUGGCGAAAAGAGAUCUUUUGCUAGUGGAGUUUGGCAAACCAUAUACUCUUAUCAAAUGGUUAUAUCAACUUAUAUUUCCACCAGCAAUCUAGCGGUAUAUAUUUUUUUUAAUUCUUAAGUAAAAUUUUAAAAGCACUUUGACCCAGCAGUCUCACUUUUGGGGAAUCUGCCCCACAGAAAUAAUAGCAUCAGUGCAAAAGCAUAUGUAUAAAUAAGGAUGUUUAUUAAAGUAUUGUUUGUAGAGACAAAGAAGAAACCCAAUUGGAGACAAAGUGAAUGCCAAUUAAUAGGGGAAUGGGUGAAUAAAUUGUGAUAUAGCCAUACCAUGGAAAAGUAUAAGAGUAAUUUUUAAAAUGAGUUAUAGCUACACUAGUUGACUUCAAGGUAUUUCCACAAUUUUUUGAUAAGUAAUUGCUUUAUUACAGAGAUGUAUAUAUACAAGAUUUCAUUUUUGUUAAAGUAAUGGUCACAUGCAUUUAUGUAUGCAUGUGAUUAGAUGAGCAUGAAAACAAGUAUGGAAGAAUAUACAUCAGGCUGUUAAUAUUGGUUACCUUGAAGGGAGGGAGAAGAG